AUGGAGGCAGAGGAGAGCGGGGCGGCCGAGCCCGGCGGUGCCGCCUGGCGCCUCCCGGACACCACGCGGCUGCAGCGCUUCCUGUGCUUCGGCUCCGAGGGCGCCGCUUACCACGUCAAGGAGCAGAAGCUGGGCUUUCAAAACGCCGAAGCUUUGCUAAGGCUGAUUGAAGAAGGCAGAGGCUGCGAAGUUGUUGAAGAAAUAAAAGCUUUUAGUCAAGAGGGCAGAGCGGCAAAACAGGAGCCCCUGCUCUUUGCCCUCGCAGUUUGCUCGCAGUGUUCUGAUGCCAAAACAAAACAAGCGGCGUUUAAAGCUGUCCCCGAGGUGUGUUGCAUACCAACCCAUCUCUUUACUUUCAUCCAGUUUAAAAAAGAUCUGAAGGAGGGCAUGAAAUGUGGCAUGUGGGGCCGUGCUCUGAGGAAAGCUGUUGCAGAUUGGUACAAUGGAAAGAAUGGCAUGGCUCUUGCUUUAGCAGUUACAAAAUAUAAGCAAAGAAGUGGUUGGUCUCAUAAAGAUCUUCUGAGGUUGUCCCACCUAAAACCUGCCAGUGAAGGAAUUGCUAUAGUCACUAAGUAUAUUACCAAGGGGUGGAAAGAUGUCCAAGAAGCUUAUAAAGAGAAAGCAGUUUCUGCUGAGACUGAAAAACUCUUGAAGUAUCUGGAGGCUGUGGAGAAAGUAAAACGCACGAAAGAUGAAUUGGAAGUUAUUCAUUUGAUAGAGGAAUAUGGUCUGGUUAGAGAGCAUCUCCUGACAAACCAUCUGAAAUCUAAAGAGGUUUGGAAGGCAUUACUCAAGGAGAUGCCUAUUUCUGUAUUGUUGAGAAAUUUAGGAAAGCUGUCAGCAAAUUCAGUGCUUGAACCACGAGGUUCAGAAGUGGCAAUAGUAUGUGAAAAACUGAGAAAUGAGAAACUGCUAAAAAAGGGUAGAAUACAUCCCUUCCAUAUUUUGGUUGCAUUAGAGACCUAUAAAGCUGGACAUGGAAACAGAGGGAAGCUUUGGUGGCGUCCUGAUGAAGACAUUUUAGAAGCUUUAGAUGCCUCAUUUUACAAAGCUUUCAAGACAAUGGAACCAACAGGAAAACGUUUUGUAAUUGCAGUUGAUGUCAGUGCAUCCAUGACACAAAAGGUUUUGGGCAGUGUGCUCAAUGCCAGCACAGUUGCAGCAGUAAUGUGUAUGGUUGUAGCACGGACUGAGAAGGAUUCCCAAAUUGUUGCCUUUUCACACGAAAUGGUCCCUUUUCCAGUGACGGCUGACAUGACCUUACCUCAAGUUUUAGUGAAAAUGUAUGAAAUUCCAGUGGGUACCACUGAUUGCUCCCUUCCAAUGAUUUGGGCUCAAAAAACUCAGACAGCUGCUGAUGUCUUCAUUAUAUUUACUGAUAAUGAGACCUUUGCUGGGAAUACUCCUCCUGCAAUGGCCCUUACAGAGUACAGAGAGAAAAUGGCUAUUCCUGCUAAGCUGGUUGUUUGUGGAAUGACCUCCCAUGGUUUUGCCAUCGCAGACCCGGAUGACAGAGGAAUGUUGGACAUCUGCGGCUUCGAUACAGGAGCCUUGGAUGUCAUUCGGAACUUCGCUUUGGAUUUCAUUUAAGUUAAGUUUAGGCAUCUGCUCUUCCCAGUGGGUGCAUUGCCAGCAACAGACUUCACCCUGGGAACUCCCAGCCAAAUAUACUUUAUUAGUUUAUGACAUACUGUAUACAUAUCAGAAUGUUACUGAAGGUGGUGGCACUUCAAGCAUUUCUGACUAGAGCUUCUCACUAAGGUGUUUGUAAGGUUGAACAGAACUUCAGUCUCAUGCAAAUCUAACAGAUUCAGAGAAACUCAGUGCUUGCAUCUCUGGUGUCAAACUAAUUGUCAGUAGCCAGUGAUCCUCCUGCCAGUGGAGGUGGCAGCCACAUGUCACCGCUGUCACCCUGGGACUUGGUGCCAUGCAGCAACACACUGUGUGUUUGGACACUCCUGGUAAUGGCUGGCAGUGCAGUCACAUCACCCUUCAGAGUCCUGCAGCACAGCUGGCAGCCCUGCUCCAUUCCCCUUCAGAAAGGCAUCUCCACUCGUCAACCACCUUCCUCGUACUCCAUGCUCCCAUGCUCAUUUGCCCAAGGCAGUUGGUUUCUUCCUAUACACACUACACACACUGGAAACUCUAGUUGGACUUAAUUCCCUGACCAGCCUGGGCUCUGUGUGAGCUGGAGCUCCAGAGAGCAUCAUCCCUUGUGUGAUAGCCACAGUAACUGUGCUCUGAGUUCUGUGGGCCAGCAACAGCCAGCCUGGAUCUGUCCCAGGGGGUAAACAGGACCCCCUGUUAUGAUGGGAUGAUGGCAGGACCACAGUGUACUUUACAAACCCUUGGUCCCUGAACUUCACCAAAGUCUUCCUGGCUAUCCUGGCCUGUACCACAUGAAUUACCCCAUCCCUGUUGUCCUCAAGCUCCACAGCAUCCACUGCCUUGAGGAGAAAGGUGAUUUUGCCUGGGCCCAAGGAAGACACCACCACAGCAAACACUUUGUGUCACCAUGCUGGACCCUGCUCUUGCUCUCCACCAGUGCUGCAGUCAGCACAGACACCAGCUUGGCCACAUCCAGCUCCUCAGCAGGGUACUGUUGCCACAAUGUUGUCCAGCUCCUCGUGGCCUUUGGAGUUCCAUUGCUGCAGGUACCCCUGCUGAGGACAUGCUGCCUUCAUCAGCCACAGGAGCAGGGGUUGUACUGCAGGAUGGCCAGUGUCUUGUCCCCCAGGACUUCAGCAGCAGCAGAGACCAGCAGUGCCAGGAAGUAGGUAGAUCACCCCCAGAGCACCACCUUGGAGUCAUCAAGGAGGGUGUAGAGGAAGCUGAGGAGCCCUAGAGGCCAGACUUUGGCUAUUUUGGAUUGAGAAAAUCCCUUGCAAACAAUCCUGUAUGAAAAGGGGUCCAGGAAGGCUGGACGUUCUUCAGGGAUCUUAAAGAUGCAGGCUGUCCC